CGAUAAUUACAUGCCAAUGUAAAAUCUUUAGUACGUUGCAAGCCUCAAUCGAUGUUAAUCAUGGAAAUUAUGCAAAUGCGAGAGAGAGGGUCACGUGUUGCCAUUGUCGCUUAAUGAAGGAAUUAAUGAUAUUUGUAGAUUUUGACGGUUUAAACGAAUCAGCGAUUAUUCCAGAACAUAUUAACAAACAGAUUGUUCUGGAAGCUCUUGAAUGUACGAACGAUCAAGUCAUUUCACUUCCCGCCAAAACAGGCGUUAAACGUUUUUCUAUUGUUGCAGAUCAAGUUGAAUUUGUUACAGUGUGUAAUGUUGACAAGACUCACAAACAAAUCGCAACAUGUCACUCAACUCAAUGUCGUUUAUCAAAGAACCAAUCAACAAAACGAAAUGUAAGAAAUUUAACUGAUUGUUCAUCACUUUGUCAACAUCUUAAAUUGCUAAAAGAAAGUUUUGACGAAGUGCCAACGAGGAUGGAGAUGGAUAUCGAGGUUGAUGAUGGUAACUAUGGUGAUAGCAGUGAUGAAGAUGAUACUUUACCCUCUGAAAAGUGGGAAGAUAUAUUUGAUGUUGCAUGUGGGUUAUGGACCUUUGGCAAGAAUUGUCCUUCUACUCAAAUUGUUGAUUCCAAUCCAGAUUCAAACAACUUAAGUAUACAAUUCUAUCAACGAAGUAGAAUAGAUAUUAAAGAACCAGAAACUUUCCCAUUGUUCGUUCCUAGUGCUAAUGGAACGUGUACUUGCCAGGUAAAUUUUUCAACCAUUUAGAAAAACUAUUACUCUCUUAGAAUUAGUUGAUUAAGGUUAAUAUGUUUUGAUACUUAGGCCAGAUGGACGUCUGACGAAAAUCCAGAUGGUCUAUUGGAAGAAGUCGGAAAGACUACGCUGUUUUUAAGCUUAGGUAAAAGAUUAUCAAUUUUGAGAAGCCUUUUUCCAAAACAAAG